UCUGUUAUUUUCAAGUUGCGGUCACGCUGCCCACAUGUUUACUCAUUUAUUUACAAAUCAAUCACACAUGCGAAUAGUUUUCUAUUUCAAACAAACAUUUAAAAGUAAACAAUUAAAAUGUCUAGAGUACCUCCGAAACAUAAGCAAAAUUUAGAGGGAUUGCUUAGACUAGCAGUUGAACAUACAGGAGAAGACGCCGAACCAGCUGAAAACCUUGAUAACAUAGAUACCCAGAAACAAGAAUUCCUACAAGGCGCCUUGCAAUCGAUGUCAAUGACGGUCGAUGAAGUUCAAUACGCACUUGCCAAGUUGAACAAUGAUUCCAUAAGCACGGCCGAGAAAUUAGAGUGUUUGGAUAUAAUUCGUGAUAAUAUUGAUGAUAUCGAUGCUGCCAAUUCGUUUGUGAAAGUUGGUGGUAUAACAACUUUGUUGGCAUAUAUUAGAACUCCGAAUCGUGAUUUGCGGCCACAGUCCAUUUAUAUAGUCGCAGAAAUGGCUCAAAAUAAUGAGUUUUGUCAGAACUAUUUCUUGAAUGAAAAGUUGAUUCCUGUGCUGACGUCCACUAUGAAUGACACUGAUGAGGACUUGGCCAAGGGUUCCAUCUAUGCUGUUUCGUCCUUGGUGCAAAACUUUCCAGCUGGACUCAAAGAGUUUCUGCGCACAAAUGGCGUUAAACAACUCUUGUCCUGUUUAAGUUCGAAUCAUAGCCCAGUGUACAUUAAAGCGGCAUUCCUUAUAGCGACCUUAUCAUCAAAUGACAAUUCAUUCCGAGAUCUCGUUAAUAAGCAAAAUGCGGCGCAAAUCCUUUUAAGCAAGUUGGAGGCUAAAGACGAAUAUGACGAUAAACAAGAAGCCACUCUAUACGCAUUAUCGGCACUUUCCGUGAAUAGCAAAUGGAAAAUUUCUUCAUCCCAACAGAAGGAAGCUGCUGUGACACUUAAGCAAGUUAUUAAUAACAAAGCUUUGGCGGAUACUUGCGAAGAGACGAUUCAGUAUGCGAGAACUGUAUUGAAUACAAUUUCUAAGUAAAUGAAAUGUUACUCCAAUUGUGAACUAAUUUAUAAUAUUAAGAAUAUAGCAAAACGUUAUAAAAACUGA